AUGUGCAUCGUUGUCCUCACCACCGCCCACCCGGACUACGCCCUCAUCGUCGUCGACAACCGCGAUGAGUUCAUCCUCCGCCCCACCUCCCGGCCGCACUGGUGGUCCCAUCCGUCCGGCGCCUCCGUCCUCUCCGCCCGGGACCUCCAGAGGGCAGAGAAGGGCACGUGGCUAGGCAUCACCAAGACGGGCCAUCUCGCCGUCCUCACCAAUUACCGCGAGACCAACCUCGGAGAUGCCACUCAUCCCAUCCACGCCGCCCGCAGCCGUGGCGGCAUGGUUACCCACUGGCUCGGCUCCGCCCCGACGGAAUCCGCCUCCGACUCGGUUGACUCCCUGGUCAAGGACGGCGGCGUCAAGGGUGUGGGCGGCUUCUCCAUGGUAGCCGGGAAGCUGAAGCGCAAACGCGGCGACGAUGAGAAGCCCGCCCGCGCACUUGAGGGCAUCGCCAUUGUCUCGAACCGCUGCGACAACUUGCAGGACGUGCCGUGGAUCGCCGAGAAAAGGGGUGAGGUCUACGGCCUCAGCAACACGGUGUAUGACGACCCGAAGCCAUGGCCCAAGGUCGAGAACGGCAAAAGGCUCGUCAAAGAAGCCAUCCAGGAUGCCGUCUCGAAAGACCUGGACGAAGAGGCCCUGGCCGAGCGCCUUUUCAGCGUGCUCGACACCGACAACCUGCCAAAGCACCCAGAUAUGAGCCUGGCGGACUACAUCAAGGAGCUCAAGCAGUCCAUUUUCGUUCCCGCCAUUGGCGACGAGUCGCACCGGAAAGCGAUGCAGGAGGCAGUGUCCAGGGGACCGGGUCACUUUGCUACGGACGACCAGAAGGCGGCGGAAGGCCUCCAGUUGGGCGAGCGACCAGACCCUCCGGCAGGGGCGAACAUGGGCUUCGAGGUUGGCUUGUACGGAACUCAGCGACAGACAAUCAUCAUGGUCGACUGGGAUGGCAAUGUGUCGUACCGAGAAAGAGCGUUGUGGGACGGCAACGGUAAUCCAAUUGAAAGGGGCAAGGGCGACGAGGUAUUUCGCUUCAAGAUCGAGGGGUGGGAGAGCUGA